GCAUUCCUGGGAGGCCGGCGCUCUGACGUGGACCCUGGGGCUGCGGGCGCGGCGGGGGGGUCGGCAGCCCGGGGGCUUCUUAAACCCACUGCCCCGGCCCGGCCCGCACUUCCCGAGCACCGCUCCGCCCCGGGAGAGAGAGAGAGCCCUAGCCGGACAGCCCAGCAGCUCAGCCCAAGAGGCCAGCGAGCCCCGCCGCCCAGAGCGCUAACGAAGUCUCCGAGAACUCGGUGUCCCCGCGUCCCGCCCCGACAGCACCCACAGCCCGAUCCCCAGGCCGUACUCCCCCGGCCCCCCGCCGCGCCACCAUGAUGAACAACAGCAACUAUUCGGACGCCUCCGGCCUCGGCCUGGUUGACGAGGCGGACGAGAUGCCGUCCACGGAGAAGGACCUAGCGGAGGACGCACCGUGGAAGAAGAUCCAGCAGAACACAUUCACGCGGUGGUGCAACGAGCAUCUCAAGUGUGUGGGCAAGCGCCUGACCGACCUGCAGCGAGACCUCAGCGACGGGCUGCGCCUCAUCGCGCUGCUCGAAGUGCUCAGCCAGAAGCGCAUGUACCGCAAGUUCCACCCGCGCCCCAACUUCCGCCAAAUGAAGCUGGAAAAUGUGUCUGUGGCCCUGGAGUUCCUGGAGCGGGAACACAUCAAGCUCGUGUCCAUCGACAGCAAGGCUAUUGUGGAUGGAAACCUGAAGCUGAUCCUAGGCCUGAUCUGGACGCUGAUCCUUCACUACUCCAUUUCCAUGCCCAUGUGGGAGGAUGAAGAUGAUGAGGAUGCCCGCAAACAGACACCCAAGCAGCGACUGCUUGGCUGGAUCCAGAACAAAGUGCCCCAGCUGCCCAUCACCAACUUUAACCGAGACUGGCAGGACGGCAAGGCUCUGGGUGCCCUGGUUGACAACUGUGCCCCUGGUCUCUGCCCUGAUUGGGAAGCCUGGGACCCCAACCAGCCCGUGCAGAAUGCCAGAGAGGCCAUGCAGCAAGCUGAUGACUGGCUCGGGGUGCCCCAGGUGAUUGCUCCUGAAGAAAUCGUGGAUCCCAAUGUGGAUGAACACUCUGUCAUGACCUACCUGUCCCAGUUUCCCAAGGCCAAGCUCAAACCCGGUGCCCCUGUUCGCUCUAAGCAGCUGAAUCCUAAGAAAGCCAUUGCCUAUGGGCCUGGCAUUGAGCCCCAGGGGAACACUGUGCUGCAGCCUGCCCACUUCACCGUGCAGACAGUAGAUGCUGGUGUAGGGGAGGUGCUGGUCUACAUUGAGGACCCCGAGGGACACACGGAGGAGGCCAAAGUGGUUCCCAACAAUGACAAAGACCGCACCUAUGCCGUCUCCUAUGUGCCCAAGGUUGCUGGGUUACACAAGGUGACCGUGCUCUUUGCUGGCCAGAACAUCGAGCGUAGUCCCUUUGAGGUGAAUGUGGGCAUGGCUCUCGGGGAUGCCAACAAGGUAUCAGCCCGUGGCCCUGGUCUGGAACCUGUGGGUAACGUGGCCAACAAACCCACCUACUUUGACAUCUAUACUGCCGGGGCUGGCACUGGUGAUGUUGCUGUGGUGAUCGUGGACCCACAGGGACGUCGGGAUACAGUCGAGGUGGCCCUGGAGGACAAGGGUGACAACACGUUCCGCUGCACGUACAGGCCCGUGAUGGAGGGGCCACACACCGUGCAUGUGGCCUUUGCUGGUGCACCCAUCACCCGGAGUCCUUUCCCUGUCCAUGUGGCAGAAGUGCCCUUGCCGACGCCCACCCCCUCUGUACCCAUCGUCCACCAGGCCAAGAGAGUGGCGCCACCCUGUAACCCCAACGCCUGCAGAGCCUCUGGGCGGGGCCUGCAGCCCAAAGGUGUGCGUGUGAAAGAGGUGGCUGACUUCAAGGUGUUCACCAAGGGUGCUGGCAGCGGGGAACUCAAGGUCACCGUCAAAGGUCCAAAGGGCACAGAGGAGCCAGUGAAAGUUCGGGAGGCUGGAGAUGGGGUGUUCGAGUGCGAGUACUACCCAGUGGUACCUGGGAAGUAUGUGGUGACCAUCACCUGGGGUGGCUAUGCCAUUCCCCGCAGUCCUUUUGAGGUUCAGGUGAGCCCAGAGGCCGGAGCCCAGAAAGUGCGGGCAUGGGGUCCUGGGUUGGAGACUGGCCAGGUGGGCAAGUCGGCUGACUUCGUGGUGGAAGCCAUCGGUACAGAAGUGGGAACGCUGGGCUUCUCCAUCGAGGGGCCCUCACAAGCCAAGAUUGAAUGUGAUGACAAAGGUGACGGCUCCUGUGACGUGCGGUACUGGCCCACGGAGCCUGGGGAGUAUGCUGUGCAUGUCAUCUGCGAUGAUGAAGACAUCCGGGACUCGCCUUUCAUCGCCCACAUCCAGCCAGCCCCACCAGACUGCUUCCCAGACAAGGUGAAAGCAUUUGGACCUGGCCUGGAGCCCACUGGCUGCAUAGUGGACAGGCCUGCCGAGUUCACCAUUGAUGCCCGUGCUGCUGGCAAGGGAGAUUUGAAGCUCUAUGCCCAGGAUGCAGAUGGCUGCCCCAUCGACAUCAAGGUGAUCCCCAACGGUGACGGUACCUUCCGCUGCUCCUACGUGCCUACCAAACCCAUCAAGCACACUAUCAUCGUCUCCUGGGGAGGUGUCAACGUGCCUAAGAGCCCCUUCAGGGUGAAUGUGGGAGAAGGCAGCCAUCCUGAGCGGGUGAAGGUAUAUGGCCCUGGAGUAGAGAAGACAGGCCUUAAAGCCAAUGAACCCACCUAUUUCACAGUGGACUGCAGUGAAGCCGGGCAAGGUGAUGUGAGUAUUGGCAUCAAGUGUGCUCCAGGCGUGGUGGGGCCUGUGGAAGCUGACAUCGACUUUGACAUCAUCAAGAAUGACAACGAUACCUUCACAGUCAAGUACACACCCCCCGGGGCCGGCCACUACACGAUCAUGGUGUUGUUUGCCAACCAGGAGAUCCCUGCCAGUCCCUUCCACAUCAAGGUGGACCCAUCCCAUGACGCUAGCAAGGUCAAGGCUGAGGGUCCUGGGCUGAGCCGCACAGGUGUGGAAGUCGGAAAGCCGACUCACUUUACCGUGCUGACCAAGGGAGCUGGCAAGGCUAAGCUGGACGUGCACUUUGCUGGGGCAGCCAAGGGCGAGGCUGUGCGGGACUUUGAAAUCAUUGACAACCAUGACUAUUCAUACACUGUCAAGUACACAGCUGUGCAGCAGGGCAACAUGGCAGUAACAGUGACCUACGGUGGGGACCCUGUCCCCAAAAGUCCCUUUGUGGUGAAUGUGGCACCCCCACUGGACCUCAGCAAAGUCAAAGUUCAAGGCCUCAACAGCAAGGUAGCUGUGGGACAGGAACAGGCGUUCUCGGUGAACACCAGAGGGGCUGGUGGUCAGGGACAACUCGAUGUGCGGAUGACCUCACCCUCCCGACGGCCUAUCCCCUGCAAGCUGGAGCCUGGGGGUGGAGCAGAAGCCCAGGCUGUCCGCUACAUGCCCCCUGAAGAGGGACCUUACAAGGUGGACAUCACCUACGAUGGUCACCCAGUGCCUGGCAGCCCCUUUGCUGUGGAAGGUGUCCUGCCCCCUGACCCCUCUAAGGUCUGCGCGUAUGGCCCUGGUCUCAAGGGCGGGCUUGUAGGCACCCCGGCACCAUUCUCCAUUGACACCAAGGGGGCCGGCACAGGAGGCCUGGGGCUGACUGUCGAGGGCCCCUGCGAAGCCAAGAUCGAGUGCCAAGACAAUGGUGACGGAUCUUGUGCAGUCAGCUACCUGCCCACGGAGCCAGGCGAGUACACCAUCAAUAUCCUGUUUGCUGAAGCCCACAUCCCUGGCUCGCCCUUCAAGGCCACCAUCCAGCCUGUGUUCGACCCAAGCAAGGUGAGGGCCAGUGGGCCAGGCCUGGAGCGUGGCAAGGCUGGAGAGGCAGCCACCUUCACCGUGGACUGCUCAGAAGCGGGUGAGGCCGAGCUGACCAUCGAGAUCCUGUCGGACGCUGGUGUCAAAGCGGAGGUGCUGAUCCAAAACAACGCGGACGGCACCUACCACAUCACCUACAGCCCUGCCUUCCCCGGCACCUACACCAUCACCAUCAAGUAUGGCGGCCACCCCAUACCCAAGUUCCCCACCCGUGUCCACGUGCAGCCUGCAGUUGAUACCAGUGGCAUCAAGGUCUCUGGGCCUGGUGUGGAGCCACAUGGUGUCCUGCGGGAGGUGACCACCGAGUUUACUGUGGAUGCGAGAUCUCUAACAGCUACAGGCGGCAACCAUGUGACAGCUCGUGUCCUCAACCCCUCCGGUGCUAAGACAGAUACCUAUGUGACAGACAACGGGGAUGGCACCUACCGGGUGCAGUACACUGCCUAUGAAGAGGGUGUGCAUUUGGUAGAGGUGCUGUAUGACGAAGUAGCUGUGCCCAAGAGCCCCUUCCGAGUGGGUGUGACUGAGGGCUGUGACCCCACCCGAGUCCGGGCCUUCGGGCCAGGUCUGGAAGGUGGCUUGGUGAACAAGGCCAACCGCUUCACUGUGGAAACCAGGGGUGCUGGCACAGGAGGCCUUGGCCUAGCCAUUGAGGGCCCCUCAGAAGCUAAGAUGUCCUGCAAGGACAACAAGGACGGAAGCUGCACCGUGGAGUACAUCCCCUUUACCCCUGGAGACUAUGAUGUCAACAUCACCUUUGGGGGACAGCCCAUUCCAGGAAGCCCAUUCCGAGUUCCUGUGAAGGAUGUGGUAGACCCUGGGAAGGUGAAGUGCUCAGGGCCAGGGCUAGGGACCGGCGUCAGGGCUCGAGUACCUCAGACCUUCACAGUGGACUGCAGUCAAGCUGGCCGGGCCCCUCUGCAGGUGGCCGUGCUGGGCCCCACAGGUGUGGCUGAGCCUGUGGAGGUGCGUGACAAUGGCGAUGGUACCCACACUGUCCACUACACACCUGCCACUGAUGGUCCCUAUACUGUAGCUGUCAAGUAUGCUGACCAGGAGGUGCCACGAAGCCCUUUCAAGAUCAAAGUGCUUCCAUCCCAUGAUGCCAGCAAAGUGCGGGCCAGUGGCCCUGGCCUCAAUGCCUCGGGCAUCCCUGCCAGCCUGCCCGUGGAGUUCACCAUUGAUGCUCGUGAUGCUGGGCAGGGGCUUCUUACCGUGCAGAUCCUGGAUCCCGAGGGUAAACCCAAGAAGGCCAACAUCCGAGACAAUGGGGAUGGCACAUAUACUGUGUCCUACCUGCCCGACAUGAGUGGUCGGUACACCAUCACCAUCAAGUACGGCGGCGAUGAGAUCCCUUACUCGCCCUUCCGCAUCCAUGCCCUGCCUACAGGGGAUGCCAGCAAGUGCCUUGUUACAGUGUCCAUUGGAGGCCAUGGACUGGGUGCCUGCCUGGGUCCCAGAAUCCAGAUCGGAGAGGAGACUGUGAUCACAGUGGACGCCAAGGCAGCAGGCAAGGGGAAGGUGACCUGCACAGUAUCCACACCCGAUGGGGCAGAGCUCGAUGUGGACGUGGUCGAGAACCAUGAUGGCACCUUCGACAUCUACUACACAGCUCCCGAGCCGGGCAAAUAUGUCAUCACCAUCCGCUUUGGGGGCGAACACAUCCCCAACAGCCCUUUCCACGUGCUGGCCUGUGACCCGCUGCCUCACGUGGAGGAGCCCGCGGAAAUGCUGCAGAUGCGCCAGCCCUAUGCCCCUCUUCGGCCUGGCACCUGCCCCACGCACUGGGCCACAGAGGAGCCCGUGGUGCCUGUGGAGCCUCUGGAAUCCAUGCUGAGGCCUUUCAACUUGGUCAUCCCCUUCACUGUGCAGAAAGGGGAGCUGACAGGGGAAGUCCGGAUGCCUUCUGGAAAAACAGCGCGCCCCAACAUCACUGACAACAAGGAUGGAACCAUCACAGUGAGAUACGCACCGACAGAGAAGGGCCUGCACCAGAUGGGGAUCAAGUACGACGGCAACCAUAUCCCUGGGAGCCCUCUGCAGUUCUAUGUGGAUGCCAUCAACAGCCGCCAUGUCAGUGCCUACGGGCCAGGCCUGAGCCAUGGCAUGGUCAACAAGCCUGCCACCUUCACAAUUGUCACCAAGGAUGCUGGGGAAGGGGGGCUGUCACUGGCUGUGGAGGGCCCAUCCAAGGCGGAGAUCACCUGCAAGGACAACAAGGAUGGCACCUGUACAGUGUCCUACCUGCCCACAGCACCCGGAGACUACAGCAUCAUCGUGCGCUUUGACGACAAGCACAUCCCAGGGAGCCCCUUCACGGCCAAGAUCACAGGUGACGACUCAAUGAGAACAUCACAGCUUAAUGUGGGCACCUCCACCGAUGUGUCACUGAAGAUCACGGAGGGUGACCUCAGCCAGCUGACAGCCAGCAUCCGUGCUCCUUCAGGCAAUGAAGAGCCAUGCCUGCUGAAGCGCCUGCCCAACAGGCACAUUGGGAUCUCCUUUACCCCCAAGGAGGUCGGUGAGCACGUGGUGAGCGUGCGCAAGAGUGGCAAGCACGUCACCAACAGCCCCUUUAAGAUUUUGGUGGGGCCUUCGGAGAUCGGGGAUGCCAGCAAAGUUCGAGUCUGGGGCAAAGGCCUUUCCGAGGGACAAACCUUCCAAGUGGCAGAGUUCAUUGUGGACACUCGCAAUGCAGGUUAUGGAGGCCUGGGGCUGAGCAUCGAAGGCCCUAGCAAGGUGGACAUUAACUGUGAGGAUAUGGAAGACGGUACCUGCAAAGUCACCUACUGCCCGACUGAACCCGGCACCUACAUCAUCAAUAUUAAGUUUGCUGACAAGCACGUACCUGGAAGCCCCUUCACCGUGAAGGUGACUGGCGAGGGACGCAUGAAGGAAAGCAUCACUCGGCGCAGACAGGCACCCUCCAUUGCCACCAUUGGUAGCACCUGUGACCUCAACCUCAAGAUCCCAGGAAACUGGUUUCAGAUGGUGUCUGCCCAGGAGCGCCUGACUCGCACCUUCACGCGGAGCAGUCAUACGUACACCCGCACAGAGCGGACAGAGAUCAGCAAGACUCGGGGUGGGGAGACCAAGCGUGAAGUCCGAGUGGAGGAGUCCACCCAGGUCGGCGGAGACCCUUUCCCUGCUGUUUUCGGCGAUUUUCUAGGCCGGGAACGCCUGGGCUCCUUCGGCAGCAUCACCCGGCAGCAGGAAGGUGAGGCCAGCUCUCAGGACAUGACAGCCCAGGUGACAAGUCCGUCUGGCAAGACAGAAGCCGCAGAGAUCGUUGAGGGAGAAGACAGCGCAUACAGUGUGCGAUUCGUGCCCCAGGAGAUGGGUCCCCACACAGUCACUGUCAAGUACCGCGGCCAACACGUGCCCGGAAGCCCUUUUCAGUUCACUGUGGGUCCGCUAGGUGAAGGUGGUGCCCACAAGGUGCGAGCUGGAGGCACAGGGCUGGAGCGAGGUGUAGCUGGUGUGCCAGCUGAGUUUAGCAUCUGGACCCGAGAAGCUGGUGCUGGGGGAUUGUCCAUCGCUGUGGAAGGUCCCAGCAAGGCAGAGAUUGCAUUUGAGGACCGCAAAGAUGGUUCUUGUGGCGUCUCCUAUGUUGUCCAGGAGCCAGGUGACUACGAGGUCUCCAUCAAGUUCAAUGAUGAGCACAUCCCAGACAGCCCGUUCGUGGUGCCCGUGGCCUCCCUCUCAGACGACGCUCGCCGCCUCACUGUUACCAGCCUCCAGGAGACAGGGCUUAAAGUGAACCAGCCAGCAUCUUUCGCGGUGCAGCUUAAUGGGGCACGUGGUGUGAUUGAUGCCCGGGUACACACACCCUCAGGAGCUGUGGAGGAGUGCUAUGUCUCUGAACUGGACAGUGAUAAGCAUACCAUCCGCUUCAUCCCCCAUGAGAACGGUGUCCACUCAAUUGAUGUCAAGUUCAACGGCGCCCACAUCCCUGGAAGUCCCUUCAAGAUCCGUGUUGGGGAGCAGAGCCAGGCUGGGGACCCAGGCUUGGUGUCAGCUUAUGGGCCUGGGCUUGAAGGAGGCACUACGGGCGUAUCAUCAGAGUUUAUUGUGAACACCCAGAAUGCAGGCUCAGGGGCUUUGUCUGUCACCAUUGAUGGGCCUUCCAAGGUGCAGCUGGACUGUCGGGAAUGUCCCGAGGGCCAUGUAGUCACUUACACUCCCAUGGCUCCUGGUAACUACCUCAUUGCUAUCAAGUAUGGUGGCCCUCAGCACAUUGUGGGCAGUCCCUUCAAAGCAAAGGUCACAGGUCCCCGGUUGUCUGGAGGCCACAGCCUUCACGAAACAUCCACAGUUCUGGUGGAGACGGUGACCAAGUCCUCCUCGAGCCGCGGUGCCAGUUACAGUUCCAUCCCCAAGUUCUCCUCGGAUGCCAGCAAGGUGGUAACAAGGGGCCCUGGUCUGUCCCAGGCCUUUGUGGGUCAGAAGAACUCAUUCACCGUGGACUGCAGCAAAGCAGGCACCAACAUGAUGAUGGUGGGCGUGCAUGGGCCCAAGACCCCCUGCGAAGAGGUAUAUGUGAAGCACAUGGGAAACCGGGUCUACAACGUCACCUACACUGUCAAGGAGAAGGGAGACUACAUCCUCAUUGUCAAGUGGGGUGAUGAAAGUGUCCCUGGGAGCCCCUUCAAGGUCAAUGUGCCCUGAAUCUCAGAAGUAUUGCCCCCCAGACCAGGCCCCCACUUCCUGCCAAACUCAUACCCACACAGAUGUGCCACACCCCUCUGCACACUCACAGAAUCAGACACUAAAACACCUGCCUUAGGUGUGAUGUGAGUGGUACAACCCCCCCCCCCCCGUGUCACUUGAGGGGUGGGGGGCCUUUAUCUGUCUCAGAUCAGUGUCCCUCAAAUGUGGCCCAAGGGCAGACUGGGGUGAGGCUCCGGGCAGAGACUGUGAAAUAAGGGGUUAAACAGGGGUUGGGGGAAGCCUUGGGGGUCAUAGUGGGGCUGAUGCCAGUGGGCAAGCACUGAGUUGGAGGAUCUGUGUGAGAGAGAAGUCACCCUCACAAACCGCCGUGCCUAAGGACUCUGUCAGGCCCGUCUGGUAGCCACAGCCCUAGAGUGAAGGGCUUGGAAAAGAAAGAGCAAUGGAAGACGGCAGACCCAGAGCAAGCAGCAUGUGAUGUGUGGACUGGCCCCGAGUGAUGUGCUCUGCCCUCGCCAGGCCUCCCAGGGAACUGAUUUCUCUUACUAUUUUUUUUUUUAUGGUUACACAGCUCUGCCCCACUUGGGGGUCUUUUUUACACAUUGUGGGUCCCAGCUGUCUGGGGAACUUUUGCACAUGUGGAAAACACCAAAUAAAGCAAUAGCUGGUGCGAA